AUGAAUCCGUUAACACUAGUGAAGCGCACUCAGAACAUCAACGCCAGAGAAGCUGCACUCGGAAUAGGCGAAGAAGCUUCGUGGCACACCAAGUACAAAGAUUCCGCUUACGUAUUCGUCGGUGGCAUCCCCUUCGAUCUUACCGAGGGUGACCUCCUCGCCGUUUUCGCCCAAUACGGGGAGGUUGUUGAUGUUAAUCUCGUCAGAGACAAAGGCACUGGAAAAUCAAAGGGUUUUGCGUUCCUUGCGUAUGAGGAUCAAAGAAGCACAAACCUUGCUGUGGAUAAUUUAAAUGGGGCACAGGUUUUGGGGAGAAUUAUUAGGGUGGACCAUGUUGACAAGUAUAAAAAAAAGGAGGAGGAAGAUGAGGAGACAGAGCGGCAGAAGAGGGAGGCACGAGGUGUUUGUCGUGCGUUCCAAAGGGGUGAAUGUACUCGUGGAGCUAGCUGCAAGUUUUCUCAUGAUGAGCAAAGAGCUGCAAAUACAGGUUGGGGUCAUGAGGAAGACAAUCCAAAAUGGGGUCACGACAGAUUUGAGGGUCCCAGAAAAGAGAGAAGACCUGGCAACAAUCAGUCAGAUCAUAUUCCAGAAACUAGAGACAGAGAUUCACGUUCUAGAGCCCAUGGCGAUGGUGCUGGAUUAAACAACCAACCUAAGAGAAGUGGGAGAGAAGAGAGGACAAAGCGGUGGCAUGAUGAUGAUGAUAAAUUUGAGGGAAGAGAACAUAACAACAGAAGAGAAGAGAAGGGAUCAAGAAGGUAUGGAGAUGAUGAAUUUGAACAUAAGUCAAGAGAAGAGCGUUACAGGAGAGAAGAAAAAAAAUCAAGAAAGGAUGAUUACAAUGGUAUGCCUGAGCCGAAAGAUCAUCGCAGAAGGGAAGACAAGAGGUCAAUAAAGCCAGAUGAUGUUGAGUUUGAACCCAAGUUGAGAGAUUUGGAUACUAGGGAAGAUAAAAGAUCCCGGAGGAUGGAUGAUGAUGAUUUUGUAAGCAAGGGAAGAGAACCUCAAAGUAUCAGGGAAGACAGGAGAUCUCGAAUGCACAGUGAAGAUGAAUCUGCACCAAGGUCAAGAGAAGAUUGUGAUAGGAAGCAAGAUAAUAGAUCAUAUAGAAAUGAUAAUGAUCGACCAGAGUCAAAAGUAAGACAUGAUUUUGACAGGAGAGAAGAGAGAAGGUCUAGAAGGUAA